GCAGCGGCCGAGCGGCCCGGCCUCCCGCCACCCAGGGGCGGGCAGGGGCGGGGGCCCCGCACCGCCGGGGCGGCUCGGCCCAGCGGGCCGGCGACAGCGGCUGCGGGCGCGUCCCCCGCGGGGCUGCCCCCCUGCCCCGUCCCGCCCCGUCCCGUCCCGUCCCCGUCCGCGCCCGGGGCCGGGCGAAGCAUGGAGGCUGUGCUGCUGGAGCACUUCCCCGGGGGGCUGGACUCCUUCUCCUCGCCCCCCUACUUCGACGAGGAGGACUUCUUCUCCGAGCCGCCCCCGCGGGAUGCGCUGGCCGCCGACGGGCUGUUGGAGCCGGACGUGGACUUCCUCAGCCGGCAGCUGCAGGAGUACUACCGCGACGGCGGCGACCCCGAGGGCGGCUACCGCUGCCCGGCGCCGGCCGCCACCUUCCCGCCGUCGCCCGCCUCGCCCGGCUUCGCCUACGAGUGCUGCGGGGCGGCGGGCGCGGCGCUGCUGUCCCCCGGGGGGCGGCUCCAGGCGCUGGGCUCGGCCAAGCGGCGGCGGCGGGUGCGCUCCGAGGCGGAGCUGCAGCAGCUCCGCCAGGCCGCCAACGUGCGGGAGCGGCGGCGGAUGCAGUCCAUCAACGAUGCCUUCGAGGGGCUGCGCUCGCACAUCCCCACCCUGCCCUACGAGAAGCGCCUCUCCAAGGUGGACACGCUGCGCCUGGCCAUCGGCUACAUCAACUUCCUAAGCGAGCUGGUGCAGUCCGACCUGCCUCUGCGCAGCGCCAGCAGCGAGAGCUCUAGCCAGCCCAAGAAAAUCAUCAUCUGCCACCGCGGCACAAGAUCUCCCUCCCCGAGCGACCCCGACUACGGACUCCCCCCUCUGGCCGGUCACUCGCUGUCGUGGACUGAUGAAAAGCAGCUCAAGGAACAAAACAUCAUCCGGACAGCCAAAGUGUGGACCCCCGAGGACCCGCGGAAGGUGAACAACAAACCCUCCGUCAACGACAUCGAGAACGAGCCCCCCUUUGACUUCGUGGCGUGAGGCGUCGCGCGGGUGGUCCCCACCCCCGCCCUCUCUGUACAUGCUGUAUGUAGAGACCUAUAUUGUAAAUGGAAUUUAAGAUUCAGACUCUAAGGGCAAUCAACUUUAUUUAUCUAUUUAUUAUGGAGUAGUGAUAAUGAGGUAGAAUCGUCUGUUUUCAUUAUAUAAUUUAUAUAAUUUAUCCUGAUUUUUUUAAGAUAUGCAAUAGGUUUAUUCCACCAGCACCUUUUUUUUUUUCUUGGGGGUGGGGGGAGGGAAAUAUGCCAGAACCUGUGAAAAUAAUUUAUUGCCGCACGUGGACUCUUCCUGUGUUUGUUAAUAAUAAACCGAAUUAUUCCUUGUG